AUGGACACAAACUUGACCGGGAGAGGAGAAGCGGAGCGCGGCUUGUUUCCAUGGGAGGCCCCGGGAGGCGAUGCCAAGCCGCUAGAAAGCUACUCAGUGAGCGGGGAGAAGCGCAGGCAGCAGCCGGGGACUGUGGAGAUCCUGCAGCCGCUCUGUGGCACUCUGCAUGCGGAUGAACGCGGCGCGGCGUCGCUAGGUGACCGGAGAGCAGACGCGGGAGACUUCACGGAUUGCUCGUCAGUUAAAGCCACAGCGAAGCUGCAAGAAAAGACAACGAGGUGCGAGAGGCCAGCAAAUGACAGAAAGAGAAAAUUCAUUAAGUCUGACCUGGCUCAGGACACUGAAGAGCUGUUCCAGGACCUCAGUCAGCUGCAGGAGACUUGGCUGGCAGAAGCUCAAGUUCCCGACAAUGACGAGCAGUUCGUUCCAGACUUCCAGACUGAAAACUUGGCUUUCCACGGACUGCAGCUGAAGAUCAAGAGAGAGCUGCACAGCCCGUGCUCUGAGCUGAGCUCCAACUGUAGUCAAGAACGGCCCUUCAAACUCCAGUAUGGAGAGAAGUGCCCGUACAACGUCAGUGCCUAUGAGCAGAAGCAGCCUGCAGGAAUGAAGCCCUCCAGCCCAGUGACGCCCCCCUGUAGCACCCCUGUGUCCCCUCUCCAUCAUGCCUCACCCACGGCGGCCCCGACGCCCAAACCAGACAGGACCUACGCUCACAUACCGCCCACGCAGCCGCUCCCUGACAACGCCUACUCUAUGGACCACAGAUUCCGACGUCAGCUCUCGGAGCCGUGCCACUCGUUCCCCUCCCCGCCGACGAUGGCUCGGGACGGCCGGCCCAUCUACCACAGGCAGAUGUCGGAGCCCAACAUCCCCUUCCCUCCUCAAGGCUUCAAGCAGGAGUAUCCCGACCCCCUCUUCGAACACCCGGCCAUGAUGGGGGCGCCGCUGCCCCACACGUACCCCCCCACUAUGAUGAUCAAGCAGGAGCCCAGGGACUUCACCUACGACUCAGGUUGUAUGUUUGACAAAGUGGCGAGGCAUUUCUACGAUGAUACCUGCGUGGUGCCCGAGAAGGUCGAAGGUGACAUUAAGCAGGAGUCAGGCCUGUACCGCGAGGGCCCGUCGUACCAGCGCAGAGGCUCGCUGCAGCUCUGGCAGUUCCUGGUGGCUCUGCUGGACGACCCAGCCAACUCCCACUUCAUCGCCUGGACCGGCCGUGGCAUGGAGUUCAAACUCAUCGAGCCAGAGGAGGUGGCACGUCGGUGGGGGAUACAGAAGAAUCGACCGGCAAUGAAUUACGACAAGCUCAGCCGAUCGUUGCGCUACUACUAUGAGAAGGGAAUCAUGCAAAAGGUGGCCGGCGAGAGAUAUGUGUACAAGUUCGUGUGCGACCCCGAGGCCUUGUUCUCCAUGGCGUUUCCCGACAAUCAGCGGCCGGUGCUGAAGACGGACAUGGAGCGGCAGAUCAACGAGGAGGACACGGUGCCGCUGUCGCACUUUGAUGAAAACAUGGCCUAUGUACAGGAGGGGCCCUACUGCCAGCCGCACCCCUACAGCGAGGGCUACGUUUAUUAACGUCAGCCCCACAACUACACACACACGCACACACACACUGAAACACACAGCCCCGCUCCACCCUCCUCCCCUGCCUCCUCCUCCUCUGUACACCUGAGACUGUCAUGUCCUCUAAUUCACAGUCGCUCCAGGAAUAAGACUGAACACACACAUGCGGUGGAGCUUCCCCUCUCUUUCUCCGUCUCUCACAUAAACACACACAUCCUCUUUUUUUGCUCUUGUCUUUCUGACGUCCAAGCCGCACAGCAGGAUGGAGAGUGCACUUUAUGGACAGGAACGGCGCGGUGUUAGCCUGCCAGGGGCUAGCUAUGUGGCUGGCUUUUUACCAUUGUUUAUGUUUGUACAUUAAUGUGGGAAUCGUUCAGUUUGUUUGUUUGUUUGUUUGUUUUUUUUUAUUAUGAUUUUGAGCAUGUGGCUCCCUGUUGAGACGGGACUCAACGGCUAAUUCGUGGUCACCCGAGGACCGAAUCUUUUACACUUUGAUUUCCUGCAAAAGAAACAAUCUCGCCUACGCGCGUGCAGCAAAUUGAGGGACGAUUACUUUUGUCCGACUGUCCUUUAGUUUGUCCUCAGACAGCCAUCCUGUACUUUUAUGCUCAUUUAAGUGGAUACUGGCGACGUAUUGUAACGAUACUUUUAUGGUGAAGUAACAUGAUUAUAGACUUGAAAAAGUAAUGUGAUAAUAAAAGAGACAUUUAGCUACCAUCAGUGAAAACUGCCUCGCCACCAGUUUGAACACAGCGCCUGUGUCUGUCAAUGAUCUCUGCCCCUCCUCCAAUCAAACUGUAGAUCUCAUGUAGGUGUUUUUACUGUAAUGACAUAAACUCCACUGGACCAUUCUCUCAACGACUGAAAACCUCGUGGGUAUUAACAGUGAGACGGUGGCGCACGAGGAUGCGCUCGAAAUGUGCUGAACUGUAUGGAUGAAAAAAUCUUUUCUGCAUCACAUGUGAACGGCCUGUGUUUAGGAUAAACAAUAAAGCCACAGGCCGCUGUAAAAUAACUCAUUAACUGUAAACAGCAGUUUCCUUUGUAUUCUGAAACACAUCAAAGCCACUCAUUUGUCAUUCAGGUGUUCAGUUUUUAAAUGAAUAACUGGUGAAAGUGUAUGUACAGUUAAAAUGGAAACCGCAAUCAACCAAUCAACACAUUCAGGAUAAAGUUUGCAUCCCCAAAUAAAAAAAGACAGAAGGGAUUUCAUUGGUAUAAACAAUAAAAGGCUAAAAAAAAUUAAACAAACUCAAAAAUUUCCCUGAUUUUCUUUUUCGUUCCAGGUGAACAUGAGGUGUAUAUUUUGCUUAAAAAAAAUGUUGCAUUGCCAUUGAUAGGGUUGCUUUUUGGUACAAAAGAAAAGGAAAAAAAAAGGUAUAAGAAAUAUCUAGAGUUUUAUAAUGUGAUGAAAAACAUUCAUGUAAUAACAAAAAUAGUGUUCCAUUGUAUAAUCAGGUAAAUGCACAUUUUGUUGCUGCUUCAAAUUGUAAGUGUAUUUUCUAGUCUCAAAAAAAAAAAAGAAAAGAAGUGCG